UUUAAAGCGAAUAAGAAAAACACAGUUUUAAUCAGGAUAUUAUGGCUGUUUUAUUCUCCUGACACUGGUGUAAAUGACGUGGACACGUGUUUACAUGCAGACACGUGUUUACAUGCAGACACGUGGCUUUCACAGCUCGGUUCAGCUCCUAAAGAAAGCUCCAGUGAGGUUGAAGGGGAAGACCGGAGCAGAGCAGCGCUGGCUGGUGCGACAGGUGAACGAUCCCUUCGUUAAAGCAGCUCAGCUUCAACACUUCCGCUGCAGGAGCGCGUUUAAACUGCUGGAAGUGGAUGAGAAACACCGCCUACUGAAGCCCGGUCUCAGGGUCAUAGACUGUGGGGCUGCACCUGGAGCCUGGAGUCAGGUAGCAGUGCAGAGGGUCAAUUCAUCUGGGGAAAGGCCUGAUUUACCCAGAGGGCAUGUAAUUGGAGUAGAUCUGCUACACAUUGCCCCUUUACAAGGUGCCCACUUCCUGUCCAACCAUGACAUCACCAGUCCAGCUACUCACGCUGAGCUGCAGGAGCUCCUUCCUGAAGCCUACGCUGAUAUCAUUCUCAGUGACAUGGCACCCAACGCCACUGGACUUCGGGAACUCGACCAGGAGAGACUCGUGUACAUGUGUCUUUCACUGCUGGAGCUGUCUGAGAAGCUGCUGCGACCCGGAGGCUCUCUGCUGUGUAAAUACUGGGAUGGAGCGCUCGCACAUAAACUCCGUGAAGGUCUUAAUCGUGCUUUUCAGGACGUGAAGACCGUGAAGCCCAAAGCAAGCAGGAAAGAUUCAGCUGAGCUGUAUUUCCUAGCCAGGACUUUCAGGAAAACGUAGAACCUAAAUUACUGUUGGGAUUUUUGUACUUUUGAGGUUAUUUUUGAAGUAUGUUGUAUCUGGGGUUUGUUUUUAAUUAUUUUUUAAACAGUGGUCUGUUUCACACUUAGAAAAGGUAUUGCGUAAACACAGAAUUAGUUCAUUACUUGGUUCUGAAUAUACAGCAAUAUCUGCAAAACUGGUUAUUACAUCUGUUUAUGUUUGGCAUCAUUAAAAACACUCAGCAAAAGGC